AUGGGCCUCUCCCGCAACUCCAUUUCUCAACCGGAGAUCGACGAUGCCGGCGGUGCCAGCGACUUUGGAUUCUCCUCGAUCCGAGGUCGAUUCCCUUUCAAACGUAACCCUAGCUAUAACCGUGACCGACAAAAAUCAGCUUCCGAUCGUCAUUUACCUAGGUCCGCCAACAGUAGCCGAUCUCACCUCCAUAACCGUUUCACUCGCAAAGGCUUACUCUCUUUCUGUCCUUUCUUCAUAACCAAGACUGGAUUGUACGCAUUGAUCUUCGCUGUUGUUUUCCUCUUCGCACUCGCUUCUAUUGUUUUGCAGAGCUCUAUUACCUCCGUCUUCCGUCAGCGGAAUGAGCAUUCGUUAAAUCUUCGGGAAGGUCUUAAGUUCGGUAGCACGCUCAAGUUCGUUCCUGGAAAGGUUUCUCAGAAGUUCCUAUCAGGGGAUGGUCUCGAUCGGCUUCGCUCUUUGCCUAGGAUUGCUGUUCGUGCUCCCAGAAUAGCUCUAGUUUUAGGGCACAUGACGGUAGAUCCCCAAUCAUUGAUGUUGGUUACUGUAAUUCAGAAUCUACAGAAGUUGGGUUAUGUGUUUAAAAUUUUUGCAGUAGGGCGUGGGAACGCUCGCUCAAUGUGGGAAAAGAUAGGUGGUGGCCUUUCUUCUUUGAGUACAGAACAGCAAGGCCAGAUUGAUUGGUCAAAUUUUGAAGGUGUCAUUGUUGACUCGCUAGAAGCAAAAGAAGCCAUUUCAAGCCUUAUGCAGGAGCCUUUUUGUUCAGUACCAUUGAUAUGGAUUAUUCAAGAAGAUAGCCUUUCAAGACGACUUUCAUUUUAUGAACAAAUGGGUUGGCAACAUCUUAUUUCUCACUGGAGAAGUGCUUUUAGCAGAGCCAAUGCCAUUGUCUUUCCAGAUUUUACUUAUCCGAUGCUAUAUAGUGAGCUUGACACUGGAAACUUCUUUGUGAUUCCUGGAUCGCCAGUUGAUGUGUGGGCUGCAGAAAGCUAUAGUAAGACCCACACUAGGGAUCAACUCAGAGAACAUAGUGGAUUUGGUAAAAGUGAUAUGGUGGUUUUAGUUGUUGGGAGCUCAAUCUUCUAUGAUGACCUAUCUUGGGAAUAUGCUGUUGCAAUGCAUUCCAUAGGGCCUCUGCUGACUAAAUAUGCAAGGAGGAAUGAUGCAACUGAGGAAUUCAAGUUUGUUUUCCUAUGUGGCAAUUCAACUGAUGGUUAUGAUGACGCUUUAGAGGAAGUUGCUUCACGUUUGGGACUUCCUCAUGGUUCUAUAAGACAUUAUGGCUUGAAUGGUGAUGUGAAUAGCGUGCUACUGAUAGCUGAUAUUGUUCUAUAUGGUUCUGCUCAAGAUGUACAGGGUUUUCCUCCAUUAUUAAUUAGAGCAAUGACUUUUGAAAUCCCAGUCAUUGCACCUGAUUUUCCUAUAUUACGAAAAUAUAUUGUAGAUGGAGUUCAUGGGGUUUUUUAUUCUAAACACAAUCCCGAAGCUUUGAUGAAUGCCUUUUCGCUUCUGCUUUCAAGUGGAGGACUUUCUAAAUUUGCUCAAGCUGUUGGAUCAUCUGGAAGACAAUUUGCUAAAAAUGUGCUUGCUUUGGAUUGCAUAACUGGCUAUGCAAGACUUCUGGAGAAUGUACUAAGUUUUCCUUCAGAUUCUUCACUGCCUGGUCCUGUUUCUCAAAUUCAACAGGGAGCAUGGGAAUGGAGUUUUUUCCAGAAUGAAAUAUUACUAAAUAUUGACUUGCUAAAAAUGAAUGACGGUUUUUCCAAAGAAAAAGUUACCGUUGUCCAUGCUGUUGAGAAAGAGUUGGCUGGCCUUAAUUAUUCAACAAACAUAAUUGACAAUGGAACAGAUGUUCCAAUACUAGAUGAACUAACCAAAUUGGAUUGGGACAUUCUGAGAGAAAUUGAAAUAUCUGAAGAAAGUGAAAUGCUCGAAAUGGAACAGGUUGAAGAGAGGUUGGAGAAAGAUGUUGGUGUUUGGGAUGAGAUAUAUCGGAAUGCUAGGAAAUCUGAGAAACUGAAGUUUGAAGCCAAUGAGCGGGAUGAAGGGGAGCUUGAGAGAACAGGACAACCUGUGUGCAUAUAUGAGAUAUACAGUGGUGCUGGAGCGUGGCCGUUUUUGCACCAUGGCUCUUUAUAUCGUGGGUUAAGCCUUUCUAGAAGAUCACAAAGACAAAGCUCUGAUGAUGUGGAUGCUAUCGGCCGUUUGCCUCUUCUGAAUGAGACAUAUUACCGUGACAUUCUCUGUGAAAUGGGAGGACUGUUUGCAAUUGCAAAUAGGGUGGAUAGCAUUCACAGGAGGCCUUGGAUUGGAUUUCAGUCAUGGCGUGCUGCUGGUAGGAAGGUAUCAUUGUCAGUGGAAGCUGAAAAGGUUUUGGAAGAGACAAUGCAUGAGAGUGUUAGAGGAGAUGUAAUCUAUUUUUGGGGACGCGUGGACCUGGAUGGGAGUGUCUUAGGAAGCAACAAUGCACUUACAUUUUGGUCAAUGUGUGAUAUCUUAAAUGGAGGGAACUGCAGGAAUGUUUUUCAAGAUAGCUUCCGCCAGAUGUAUGCAUUGCCCCCCCAUGCCGAAGCACUACCCCCCAUGCCUGAAGAUGGAGGUUACUGGUCAGCUCUGCACAGUUGGGUGAUGCCAACCCCUUCUUUCCUGGAGUUCGUAAUGUUUUCUCGGAUGUUCGUUGAUUCCAUUGAUGCUUUUCACAGAGACUCUGGUAAAUACAGCAUGUGCUUGUUAGGCUCUUCAGAGAUUGAGGAAAAACACUGUUACUGUCGAGUGUUGGAACUUCUUAUCAAUGUAUGGGCUUAUCAUAGUGCACGAAAGAUGGUAUAUAUAAAUCCUAAUACCGGUUCUAUGGAAGAGCAGCACCUAAUUGAACAUCGGAAGCGUUAUAUGUGGGCAAAAUAUUUCAACUCUUCGUUGUUAAAAACUAUGGAUGAAGAUCUAGCUGAAGCUGCAGAUGAUGGCGACGAUCCAAGGCAAAAUUGGUUGUGGCCAAUGACAGGAGAGGUGCAUUGGCAAGGGAUUUAUGAAAGGGAGAGAGAAGAAAGGUACAGAACAAAAAUGGAUAAAAAAAGAAAAACAAAAGAGAAAUUAUACGAAAGGAUGAAGUAUGGUUACAAGCAGAAAUCACUUGGACUAUAA